AUGGCCCGUACUAAGCAGACCGCCCGCAAGUCGACCGGCGGCAAGGCCCCGCGGAAGCAGCUGGCCACCAAGGCGGCCCGCAAGAGCGCGCCGGCCACGGGCGGCGUGAAGAAGCCGCACCGCUACCGGCCGGGCACCGUGGCCCUGCGGGAGAUCCGGCGCUACCAGAAGUCCACCGAGCUGCUGAUCCGCAAGCUGCCGUUCCAGCGGCUGGUGCGCGAGAUCGCGCAGGACUUCAAGACGGACCUUCGCUUCCAGAGCUCGGCCGUGAUGGCGCUGCAGGAGGCGAGCGAGGCCUACCUGGUGGGGCUGUUCGAAGACACCAACCUGUGCGCCAUCCACGCCAAGCGGGUGACCAUCAUGCCCAAGGACAUCCAGUUGGCCCGCCGCAUCCGCGGGGAGCGGGCUUAAGGCAUACGUUUAUUAAGCAGGCGAUCUAAAGGCUCUUUUUAGAGCCACCCAUGUUUGCAUGAAAAGCAGCUGUGCUAGGUUCAUCAGGUGGCGUGGGUCUACUCGUAUCACGCACCGGUGUUUGGGUAGAGGGGUCGGGAAACUCGCACGUGGUGGGUGAUGAGGUUAGCGGAUCAGUGCAGGACCUUUGGCUGACAGACGGCUAGUGGGAACAGGAGAGGCAAAGUACAGGUUUGGUCAAGCCUGCUUUCUGUGUGCUGGUUUGAUUUACACGGCACAGUGCCAACCUUGCUGCUUCUGUAAAAAAAAACUUGCAAGAGGAUGGACUUGUUCUACCAGUCGUUUGUAACGUGUUCCAAGGUGCUAGCACAAAACGUUAGCACAAAUCUGAACACAAAAAUUGACGCUUUAUCAGGCCGUUAUUAUGUGAUAACUCGGGAUCAGACUCCGAGUUUUCAA